GAAUUAGUCGAAUUUCAGUAGACAAAUAACCAAAUACACAAUGCUAAAGGCAAUCACACUUCUGGCCGUUAUCCUGGCCGUCGCCAGCGCCGAACUUCAUCGCGUCCCUGUGCUCAAGGUGGAGAACUUCGUCAAGACACGCGGCAACGUCAAGGCUGAGGUGGCGCAUCUGCGUGCCAAGUAUGGACUGCCCCAGACCCGUUCCGUCAACGGCGAGGAGCUUUCCAAUUCGAUGAACAUGGCCUACUAUGGUGCCAUCACCAUUGGCACACCUGCCCAGGACUUUAAGGUGCUCUUCGACUCGGGUUCCUCCAACCUGUGGGUGCCUUCGAAUACCUGCGACAGCUACGCAUGCGAAGUCCACAAUCAAUACGACUCGAGUGCAUCCUCCAGCUAUGUGGCCAAUGGCGAGAGCUUCUCCAUUCAAUAUGGCACUGGUAGCUUGACCGGAAUUCUGUCCACCGAUACCGUCAAUGUCAAUGGAUUGUCGAUCGCUAGUCAGACCUUUGCUGAGGCCACCAACGAGCCCGGAACCAACUUCAAUGAUGCCAAGUUCGAUGGUAUUCUCGGCAUGGGAUAUCAGUCUAUUUCUCAGGACAAUGUUGUGCCUCCCUUCUACAACAUGGUCUCCCAGGGACUUGUCGACAGCUCGGUCUUCUCCUUCUACUUGGCUCGUGCUGGCACCUCCACCACCAAUGGUGGUGAACUAAUCUUCGGUGGCUCCGAUUCAUCCCUGUACUCGGGAGAUCUCGUCUAUGUGCCCGUCUCUGAGCAGGGAUACUGGCAAUUCGCCAUGGCUGGCGCCUCUGUCGAUGGUUAUUCGCUGUGCGAUGACUGCCAGGCUAUUGCUGAUACCGGCACCUCUCUGAUUGUUGCCCCUGCCAAUGCCUAUGAGCUGCUGAGCGAGAUCCUGAAUGUGGACGAUGAGGGUCUGGUCGAUUGCUCCAGUGUCAGCUCGUUGCCUGUGAUCACCUUCAACAUUGGCACCGGCAGCUUCACCCUGGAACCAUCUGCAUACAUCAUUCAGUCGGAUGGCGAGUGCCAGUCGGCCUUCCAGUAUAUGGGCACCGAUUUCUGGAUCUUGGGCGAUGUCUUCAUUGGACAAUACUACACUGAGUUCGACUUGGGCAACAAUCGCAUUGGUUUCGCUCCAGUUGCUUAAGCAAUUAAACUAUCAGUGAUAGCAAACGAAAAUGAAAUUAUAUAUAGAACAAACAUUUUGGUUCUAACUGUUUGUAGUUAGUUUUGUGUUUUGUGCGCAUAAAUUGUUGUAAUAUCA